UUCCAAAGCACGUAGAGUACAUGAGGCUAUUGCUGUGCUAUUGCUGUCCAUUUUUCCAGCUUCAAGGUUCCUUUCUGAAGCAGAUAUAAGCACCUGAAUCCAAGCUGACUAGCAGUCCUGACAAUAUUUGGAGUUCUAAAAAUGAGCACUAGGAUUUUUGAUAUUGUUCCCAUUUCUAACUGGCAACUAAGGGAAAGCUCUUGGUGUGGAGAGAAUUAACAAAAUGCAUGGUUAAGUGAUGGUCAUGACUCGUGUUUUGCCAAGCAGAGACAGGUCAAAUGAUUUGGGUGGAAAACAAAACCCAGCUCCGAUUGGCAACAGGCUCAGCACAUCGAUCCCCACCUCCUUGUCUCCUCUGUCACUCCGAGCAUGUCCUUGGAGCACCUCGCAGCACAGCAUGGAGUCGUGCCGGGUGGCCAGCCAGAUCUUCGUGGAGAGAUGGGAAACGCGUCCAAUGCCUCAGUGUUCAUCUCCACCUUAUCGGAGAGAGAAGACUUGAUUUUUGGCACGCUCUAUUUAGUCUUUGGCAUCGUGUCCCUCUCUGGGAACUCGCUGCUCCUGCUGGUGGCCUAUCAGAAGAGGUCCAUGCUGAAGCCUGCCGAGUUCUUCAUCGUCAACCUGGCCAUCAGUGACCUGAGCAUGACAGUGAUACUCUUCCCCUUGGCCACCUCCUCCUUCUUUGCACACAGGUGGCUGUUCAACCAGGCGGUGUGCACCCUCUACGCCUUCUGCGGGGUCCUGUUCGGGCUGUGCAGCCUCACCAGCCUGACGGUGCUCAGCACGGUUUGCUGCCUGAAGGUCUGUUACCCAGCAUAUGGCAACAAGUUCUCGCCCUGCCACGCCGGAGUGCUGCUGCUGUGCGUCUGGGUGUAUGCUCUGCUGUUCGCCACGGCCCCCCUGGCCGAGUGGGGCAGCUACGGCCCCGAGCCCUACGGGACAGCCUGCUGCAUCACCUGGAAAGCCUCCAGCAGGGAGGCCACGCUCUACAUCCUCGCCCUCUUCGUCUUCUGCUACCUUCUCCCCUGCCUCCUCAUCCUCGUCUCCUACUCGCUGAUCCUCUGGACGGUGCGGGUGUCCCGCAGAGCCGUCAGGCAGCACACGUCUCCCCAGCGCAGAGCCCACAGCGUGCACAGCCUGGUCAUAAAGCUGAGCGUUGCAGUGUGCCUGGGGUUUCUGGCUGCCUGGACCCCUUACGCCAUCGUUGCCCUGUGGGCAGUCCUCGGCGACGCCAGCCAGGUGCCAGCGCUGGCCUUCGUGCUGUCGGCCGUCUUUGCCAAGUCCUCCACUCUCUACAACCCCCUGGUGUACCUGCUCUUCAAGCCCAACUUCCAGAAGUUCCUCUCCAAAGACAAGGUGCUCCUCCAGGCCAUCCGCACCCUCCUCUGCUGUGGCUGCCCGAGGGCCACACUCCAGCCCUUCCCGUCCCCAGGCUUCGGUGACCACCCUGGGGCUUGCAGAAACUGCAAUGACACUUUUGAGUGUUUCAGUAACUACCCCAAGUGCUACAAACUCCCCCAGGCGCCCAGCAGCUCGCCCCGGCGCGCUCCCCUGGCUAUCCUGGCCGAUGGAGCUGCUUGCCAGCCGGGGCUGAAGAGGACGGUGCAGGUGAUGGUGCUUGUCACACGGAAAAGGUCAGGCCUGGGCGCUGCCAAUGUGGUGGGGGAAGCUCUGCCAUCAGAUAUCAUGAAGGACCUUCUCUGAGCCCAUCCGUGCCCAGCUGUGUCCUACCAGCGCACUGAAAGACAAACCCAAGCACUGCUUUUCUCUCACCUACGUAUCUGAUGGGUUCCCAGCAAGUUCUGCAGAUGAAGUGACAUGAAAAUUUAAGACCAACCUUGCCUCCCUCUCUACUUUGGCUCUUGUGGCUCUGCGCCUAGUAUUUGCACUUGAACAAAAACAAAACAAAGAAAAAAACACCCAGUGCCUGAAAUUCUGCCUAGGGUGCAAGUCCAGGGUGCGGUUUCUCCUGCAACUUGCUCUCUGGGCCCUUGGCCUUUGUUUUUCCAUCCUGGUGCUCUGAUGACCAAGUAGGAACUUGGUUGUUUUAAGAAACUGUGCCUGGCAGGGAGGGCUGGGGGCCAGGAGACCCUGAGAAGCAUCCUACCUCCAUCGCCAGCUCCUACAGCCCCCGCUGACCAUGUCCUUUCCCAUCGGGGAGCGGGACCGUGCCGCUCAGCUACCUCACUUGGGAUUAUGAAGCAUCUUCGUAUACCUCGAGAGAGACUACUCCUGCGCAGGCUGGGCUACCCCACUCCCGUGGUUUGAAUGCAAACCCAGCCCCAUCCUAGAGAUCGAAAUGGGAGCUUGUCUUUAGAGUACGGAUUUGGGGUUAAAGUAAUCCCAGUGUGAGCAACAGCAGUCCCAGGUCGUGCUUUCCAGGCAGGGAAUGCAGCAGCGUCCCGCGGGCUUGUAGUCAGCAUUUGGAGAUCAGUGUGGUCAGUUCAGCCACGGGAGGAGUCUGGGAGGAAGAGGACCAAGAAGCUGUGAAAGGGCCCGGUGCAAAGCCGUCCAUAGAAAAGUGCCCACGUUACCCGCUGUGGCAGGCGCAGGGCAGCCUUGCAGACGUCUCUCUCCAGUAACAUGCAGUGAAGCUCACCUGGGGCGAGCUCGGGGGCUCCCCGUCCCACCCCCAGCGGCGAGCCGCUCGUGUGCCCAGCCUUGGGCACAGCGGGAGCUGGUUUUGCUUGGCAGGGGGUGGAUAACAUGGCCAGGGUGCUGAGAGAGCUUGGUUAUGCCCCCCAAAAUUAAGAGAGAUGCAUUCAAGGUGAUGAGAAGAGUCAAGUAGCAGAGGUGGGAAACGUGCUGCCCUCCGGCACCCAGGUGGCCAGUUACUCCUGGGAGCGCCUGACGUUGUCACUGGUUAAUGAACAAAACCACGCCACAACCCGUCGCCAGAGCUGCCGCAUUCAGUCAUGGACGUGCCGAAUAGGAAUAGUGAAUGUUUUUCUGCCCCGAGUGCUGGGAAGCGGCCGCUGCCCCGAUGCCGUGGCUGCUGGGCUCUGCCUGCCUGGGAGCCGGCCCCGAGCUCUGCCGCCUCCCUGCGCUCUCCAGAUACAGAGACUGCUAUUUUUAGCAGUCGCUCCCAGAACCGGGAUGUAUUGCUGCCUUUUCUUAGCGCAGUCUCUGCUGAGGACACAGAGCACUUGGCAGAAGAGGCGUUACCUGCAGGGGCGUGCAGGAAUACGGGGGAGCUCUGGGGGGAGCAGGUGGCAGAUGCUCUGGUCAUUUCAGCUACAACCUUGGUACCGCUUGAACCCAGGCAUGAAAAAUACCGAGGCUUUUGGCCUUGGUGUUAUGGCCCAAUUCCAGCGCAGGUGUCGCGGGGGCUGGCGCGAGCUCCACGGUGGGGAAAGCGGCUGCUGCGUGCGGAGGCAUCCGGCGAAGGGUCCUGCCCCUGCAUUCCCUGCACGUGCCAUCGUCACCGGCUGCUGCUGCGCCGCUCUGAUCAGCGCACGACAGCAUGGCAGUCAUGGCACUCGCUUUUGUCCCUCGGUCAUUUCCGCUUAGCCGCUUUACCCAGCGGAUGGGAGAGGGUCACCGGUACCUCUGGGGUGCACUUGUGUCCUCCCCCGGAUGGCUUUGCCCAGGUGUGAUACCUGCAGGUGCAGACGGUUGGGGCAGGGCAGGGUUUGUGCACAACAGCCAAGUAAUAACUGAAAGGCCACGCGGGGAGCGACAUUCCUGCCUUCGCUCUCUCUUCCUGCUAUGCAAAAAAACCCCCCCACCCAACCCAAAGAUGUGCAAUAUUUGCAAGGUGCUGCAAAGGAGCAAAGAAAGAUCAGGCCAGCCAGUGAAGAGCGAGGACAAAGCUUCCAAUGUGGGUGCAGGUUUCUAGGAGGGUCGGUGACUGCCCGGCCUGGGGCACGGCUGCUCAGCCCCUUCCCACCCCGCAGCUCGUCCCGGGCACCCUGGCACACGAGGGAAUCAUGAGCACUCGGUGUCUCUGCAGACUAGUCAUCGUGUUCUAGAAAUUUUAUGUUUUCCAAGUAAAUUCACUCAUGCAAAGCCGUCCUUCGCCUUUGGUUCGGUUGUGCGUUAGCGGCCGCGCCGCGGGGUAGAUGGAGAUACGGCCGCUGUGCGUGGGCAGGCGCGGCGCUGCGGGUGAGUGGUCGCAGAGGCACGGCCUGUUGGCUGGGAAUGGGGGACAAGGAAACCUCUCCUUCCCCAGCAGCCGAGCCUUCCCCAGGCCGGGGGGAAACCAGUGACGGUGCCAGGACCGAGCUAUGGCUCUACCUGCAGGAGAGGAGCCUCCAGAAGGGUGGCCAAGGGCUGAUUUCCCACCGGAGGACACCAACACGAAGGGCUGCUGCCAUCUCCUGGGGGCUUGCAGGGCAUGGCCACCCUGGGAUGCUCGGGGGCCAGGGACGUGACCCUGGCGGGACUGUGGUGGGCUCAGGGACAUGGUGUGGUCCAGACACGGAUGCAGCGUUGGGUCCCUGCUUUCCUUACCAGCCCCCCCGGCCUGCCGCUUUGUCCCCUGCUAGCUGAAAAAUACCACGGUCCAGAAAUCACCUAAAGGAGACAGGAAAAAAAAGAAUCUGCAAAUCCCGCAGGUCCUUUAUUACUCCAGGAAAACCCCAGAUCAGCAUCUUCAUCUUCAGUUCGGUGUGAGAAUGCGUAACAUCGAGAGCAGGUAAUACUGAGUAUGCUUUAAUCCACAUCCAUAGGGACACUCCUGCAGCUGGGGGGUCCGGGCAGCGGCACAGCAGCCAUUUAGCAAAAUCUCAAUCACUUUUAAUUAACUGCGGCCAGGCCAAACAGCAGGUGCAGGGUCCCUCCCCAGGGCUGCCAUAACCCCAGUACUCCUGCCUGCUGGGCUGGACCCCUCCCCUGGCGCAGGGCACAGCUGGUGCCGAUUUAAUCAGCGUCCCCAGCUGGGAAUGGUGCCAUCAGCUGCCACCAAUUACUUGCAGAUAAGAGCUGCCCCCCAGGGGUAGUUCCUGUGGUGGCUGCUGGUGGGUGAGCCUGGGGCUGCGAGGAGGAUGGAGGAUGCUUUGUCCCUUCAGGGCUGAGGUAGGGUCUGCACGGGCUGCCGCGGUUGGGCAGGGGUUGGGAGGUGGUUACUGGUUGCGAGAACCCAUUUCUUUAGCUUUUUGGUGGUGCCACAGCCUGGCCCCCAGCUCCGGGCUGGGCGGGAGUGGGGGGCUGUGUUCUGUGUUGCUGCUUGGUGAGAGCCCGUCCUGGGGCAGGGGAGAAGCCAGGGCUGCCUUGGUGCGGGUUUGGUGCCUGGGCAGGGGCGCUGUGGUCGCUGCGAUUCCCACUCGGUGCUGGCCGAGUGAGAGCACUCGCACCUUUUCCCAGUGGUGGCUUUAUUUUCAAAUAGUCAUUGUAUUCCAAGCUCAAUCCCCCUUUUGAGGCUGGAGAUGCUGAGGCAGGCGUGGACAUGCAUGCUCCAUUGAUCUAUAUGUAAAUAACAUACCAAAAGCCCAGCCUGAGCCAGAAAACCUGCAGCAAGAAAUCCUCCUCCAGGAGAGAGGCUCCUUCCCGAAGGCGAGCUGGCAGAGGCCAGUUAUGACCACCAUAAGGCAGCUCCAAAAGGUAGUUGGCCCACUUUGGGAUUAUUUUCUGCCCAAAGCUCCCAUGAUUUCACAUCCAUCAGUGUCAUAAAAGAAAAAUGGGGAAUAAGGCGACUGUUGAGGAAAGUCAGCGGAAUUAUAAAUGUAUGCGUAAGGUGGUCCUUGACACAGUGGUAGAAACUUCUUCCAGUGGCUCCAAACUAUGGAUGUUAAUGUGUAGUUUGAGGAGAAAUGAAGUCUUAACUCCAAGUUGUGACAAGUGUAGUGGGCACCUUCUGAAGUUUUAGUGCAGUUGCUGUUUUAAAUAACCCCCCUCCCCCACCUCCAAGUGUUCCUCCAGCUUAAUUGCUUCACCGUGAGUUCAUUACUCCGGGCUGUGGUGGUUAAUUGAAUGUAUCAAACCCUCCCAGCCCUGGCUCUGGGCGGUUGUGCUGCUGUUGGCCUCCCCACCAGCAGGCCUGGGAGCAGGACCAGCCUCCCCAGCAGCUCCACACUCUGGCAGGUCCCACACAAGCUCAGCCAGCUCCUGUUCAAAUUUGAGGUGGGAAUCACUAAUGACAAUCCC